CGGUGUAAUGGUCUUCUUAUUAUUACAUCACUGGAUCAAAGAAAAGUCUCGCUCCCGGCGUGAAUACCCUUUUAAGCCGGCGAAGAUUCAUCGAGAAAUUUUCAGAUCGGACGAAAGGAACAUAGGUCAAUGAAGAACAGAUUGAAGAGCUACAAGAGAAAGAAGCUAGGGUUAGCCACAGUCAUCGUCUUCUGUUCCCUCUGUUUCCUCAUCGGCUUCUACGCUUCAGCUCUACUCUCUCAGAAUGUGCCUGGAGUAAGACCCAGGUUGAGAAUGGUGGAGAUGGUGGAGAACGGUGGAGGAGAAGGUUCCUCGAUGCCUCAUGGUGUUAGUGGAGAUGAAUCCGUUGGGUCGAUUCCGUUUCAGGUACUGAGUUGGAAACCGAGGGCUUUAUAUUUUCCGAAUUUCGCAACUGCAGAACAAUGCCAAGCUAUUAUUGAGAGAGCAAAGGUUAAUCUGAAACCUUCUGCUUUGGCUCUCCGGCUAGGAGAGACUGCUGAGAGCACUCAGGGCACUAGAACAAGCUCAGGAACUUUUGUUAGUGCUUCAGAAGAGAGUUCUGGUGCUUUGGAGUUUGUUGAAAAGAAAAUCGCAAAAGCUACGAUGAUCCCAAGGACUCAUGGAGAGGCAUUCAAUAUUUUAAGGUAUGAGCUUGGGCAAAAGUAUGAUUCCCACUAUGAUGUUUUCAACCCUACAGAAUACGGACCACAAAAAAGCCAAAGGAUUGCUUCCUUCCUGCUCUACUUAUCUGAUGUAGAAGAAGGUGGUGAAACAAUGUUCCCAUUUGAGAACGGUGCUAAUAUGGGCGCUGGAUAUGAUUACAAGCAAUGUAUUGGGCUAAAAGUAAAACCUCGGAAAGGAGAUGGUCUUCUUUUUUAUUCAGUGUUUCCUAAUGGCACAAUUGAUCAGACUUCGCUUCACGGGAGUUGCCCGGUGACCAAAGGAGAGAAAUGGGUAGCGACCAAAUGGAUUAGAGAUCAAGACCAAGAAGACUAAAAGCAUUUCAUCUUUUACAUAUGUGUAUCUCUCACAGCUUCUAUCUUUUGCCUGAAAAAAAAGUUAUUGAUCUGUUAUGUACAGUUUAUUCAACAAGACAGUGUAACUAUUGGGGUUAUUUAUAUACAAUGUGACGCAGUCCUA